AUGAGAAGAAGUAACCGCUUAGCAAAAGCCAGACUCGUCGCUUCAGUAGAAACACCAUGGCUGGUCACGAAACCAUCGCCCAAAGCGCUCCAGGUGUUUUCGACGCCCGAGCUAUUUGACAUGAUCCUUCUGGCUGUUGACGAUAUGCCAACUCUCGUCGCCUCGGUUCCGCUCGUUUGCCAAUCUUGGAAGCAGCAUAUGGACAGUUCUCUGGAGCUCAAUCGCGCGCUAUUCUUCAUACCUGAUCGCGAAACCACCAUGUCUGAUCUAGACGCUGCUUCCCAUUUUCGCCUCAAUCCAUUGUUGUGCGAACACUUUGGGCCGCUGGUUGAGUCGCCCGCUACCUUUGACCUUGAUCCUCCGGGAUUCCAAAGCCCAAUGGACAAAUUCGAUUACGCUCUUCGAGAUGGGGUCAACAUUCAUCACAUUCAGAUGAUGCGGCUCAGUAUUGCCGGCCGCGGUGCAAAGGGACUCAAAGAACGCUUCGCUCACAAAGACGCGAGCUGGCGUCGCAUGCUCAUCUCACAACCGCCUGUCAGGAAGAUUGGAUACAGAUGCAGUCAAGGUAAUCUACCCGAAACGGACGGUGUGGAGCGAUUUAUUGUGCCAGAAGGUUUGCGGAUGGGCCAACUGUGGGAUUCGAUAUACCACAGUUUGUGGACCCCAUGUAACGGCAAGCUCGUAAGGCGAAGCGUCCAGAUGGCCUACCGGCUCGGCAGUCACGAUAACCCCAUUUGGUCGAGAACAGGACCUCGGUGGAGGAGGGGGCUUCUAGUGGAUGUUGAGUUUGUUUUCAGUGUUAAUCAAUACCACCUCUCCACGGGAAAGGGGGAGGAGGAGUUGAUUAAAUGGGAUAAGCGGCAGGCGAGCACUGCGCCAACUUAUUGUAGUGGAGGCUAUGAUGAAAACAACAUUCUGGCAUCGAUGGGUGUAGAUAGGGUUAGUUUUUUGUACUGGUAUGACCGGAGGUGA